AGGGGUUUUGUUGACUUGGGUUGUGAUCUACACAAUAGCAUCCACCAUCACAGUUUUGUGUUCCAAACUUGGGUGAAUCAACCACCUUAUUUACGUAUUUGAGGUUUACCUUUAUGUAAGGUAUGCUUUAUGCAAGUAUAUAAAUACAUUAUUAUUUCCAUUUUAAAACGUCACUACAGGUAAUAUGAAAGAGGCUUACCUAAUAUACAAAGUAACCAUCAGUGAAAUAUUUGAAUUGAUCCACAGCUGAAUAAUUUAUCAGAGAGGGAAAGUUUUGCCUCUUGUUAUCUCGGUUUACUUACUAGCAGGUCAGUUCGUUAGUGGAAAGUGUGACGCUCCACCGACAGCCAAGGGAGCUUUUGAAACAAAGCUGAUUGUUUAAAACAGUGGUCCUUGUCUUUUCCCUUGGAGUUGUGCAGAUGAGGCAUUCGACAGUACGAAUGUGGACACAAGCCCGCCUACCACUUCUAUGAAUCAGAGAAGAGCGCGUGAAACAUUUAAUAGGCCUACGAUGACAGAAGUGACAGCCAAUGAAAAUCAAGUGGCGAAAGUUUUCAGUCGAUCCACCCAAUUGCGCUGGAGCGAAGGCGGGCCUCAAGAAUCAGCCUUGGUUGAAUUGGUAGCAGAAAGCAGAGGCAGCGAAACGGGAUCAAGCGUAAUCAAUAUUUUGUAUCUCAUCCUGGAUACUCCGCAGAGGAUUUUUUUCGUGCUAGAGAUUUCAAAAAUGAUUGUUGCACUGCCACUCUCUGAUGCGUACUGAUUCCAUGGCUCUGCAAGUGGAAAAUAAUCUGCAUUUUUAACGCGCUGACGUCUGUGAUGCUGCAUGAAUCCGCAUGGACAAAAUGUGUUACUGAUUUGAAAAGGGAUCCUGAUCACAAACAAGCAGCUGCAACAUAAUGACAACUGGAUACCGUGAGUGUUGCAUUCGCAGAUUCACGAGUGUCGUCACUCAUCGUGGGGUAAAGUCACCAUGCUGUCCUUGUGGUCAAUAAAUAUUUGCGUGGGUCGAGGGGAUCGCGCGUUUGAGAGGAAAUCCUAUGUGUCUAACCAUGCGUUGGGCUGCAUCACAAAGCUCCUCACAGGUGGACGACUUGCUUGAAUCAAUGAAUCAAUACAGAUAGCAGCAUGUAGAUGUUAUUUUCCUUUUCCGUGUUUUCCUGUUUCGGCUUGUCGGAUGUUUUAUUUAGGCUACUGUGCUACCAGAUGAUAAAAAGAGGCGAAUGGAAAGACACGCCAUAGUUAGAUUCAGUCUUACUUGCCCACUAUCGAAGCUGCUGACAUUUGGUGAUUUGACAGAACAUGACAUAUGUGCCGAGAAUUGCUUCUCUAUCUGGACACACUGGUUGUGAUGUUCAGGUCGUCCUGGGAUGAGUCCCAAAUGACUUAUGGUCCCUUAUUUAAUGAUUUCUUAAGUGGUCUCUAAAGCAAUUGCCAUUUAUGGAGGUUGCUUCUAAUGAAUUGUAGAAUGAGGAUUACGGGAACAGAAUUUUGGUGAUUCACAACCAUGGACUUGGGGCUAUAUUAUGGACAGGAUGCUAUCUGAAAUGGCAUCUUUGGUUACAUUCAACGUCAACGUUUACUUUUUGUAUCUAAUUUUGAAGUGGCUUCAAGAUGUUUACCACUGCACUUAGCACAAUGAACGUACACCCUUCAGGCAAUCUGACAUUUCAUUCCGCAGUGACUACAUAAUUAGCUUAUAUGUCCUUUUGAGAAGUCGAGAAAUAAGCCUUGUUCAGAGGGAAUGUUUCCUUCAGAGAAGCCUAUCUCUAAGGUGGAAUUAUGAUCGCAAGCCACAAUCAGUGAAACGUAUGCUCCUGUUAACAAUUUGAACUUUUUAAUUGGUUUGUUUUUUAUUUACGAUUCACUUUUAAACUGAAGAGUACACUAAGCAGCAUGUCCAGAGCGAACAGUGUAAGCCCGCCCGGCGUCGGUGCUCCUGGGCUGAGGGGAGGGACGGAGCACAGAUCUGCUUGGGGCGAGUCAGAGGCCGUACCGAACGGAUGUCCAUACUCGUCCCGAUCCUCCAGCAGAAAGCUCGCGCGGUCCAACAGCAGAUGGAGGGAGGAGGACGAUUUCGACCGACAAGCGGGGCGAGCCACCACAACCGUCAGCCGAGUUAGUUUCAGGUCCAAGUCUGCGUGGCAAGAGCAUGGGGAGGAGAGUCGCAACAAUAACCGUUCGUCCCCAAGGUACGCGGAUGGCGAAGUGAGACCCAAGUCGGUGGAGUUGGGUCUGGAGGAGAGGACAGCCAAAUCCAAGCCAGAGGAGGAGGACGCCGUGCCCGACGUCCACUUUUCUACGUUUUCAAUGGUCGCAUGCUGCACCAGCGUGAUGCAUAUUUUCAGGUCCAAAAAGUUUCAGUCGGAGAAGUUGGAAAAGUUAUACCAGCGCUACUUUUUUCGACUGAACCAGAGCAGCCUGACCAUGCUCAUGGCUGUGUUGGUGAUUGUAUGUGCGGUCAUGCUGGGAUUCCAUUGCGCCGGGGGCAUCUGUCGACUAACUUAUGUGGUUGUUUUCUCAAUGGCUAUCUUGCUCAUCCUGGUGUUAAUGGUCGUGUGUAAUCGGAAUGGAUUCCACCAGGACCACAUGUGGAUCGUCUGUUACGUUGUAAUCCUUGUCGUCCUGGUGGUACAGGUGAUAGGUGUUCUUCUCGUGCAGCCCAGAAGUGCUUCGGAGGGAAUAUGGUGGACCGUUUUCUUCAUUCAUGUUAUCUACACACUGCUCCCGGUCAGGAUGCGGGCAGCGGUCAUCACUGGAGUGGUGUUGUCUGCUAUACAUGUUAUAAUUUCAUGGAAACUGAACGAGGUGGACGUUCUCUUGUGGAAACAGGUAAGCAGUUUUUUUUUCUACUCGUCUACUCAGUUUAAAUAUAUCUGCAACAUCUUUAACUAGUGUUUUCAUGUCACAUGAGUUGCAAAGUUACCCUAACCUUCUUUAGUCUGUCAAAAGAGCGCAUGCAAUGUCUCCUAUAUCCUGCAAGUCCACUAUUUAUGUGUUUCUGUUACCAUUGUAGGCACAGGACAUUUUUUAAGAUAGAUGUGGAGCCGAUGUACUGUUGAACUGAUUGCUGACAUGCUAUGUAGUUGCGUGGGAUGGGUUGAUAAAGACGACAGAAACAUGAAUUAAAAAAAAAAUACAGAGAUAUUGUAAGAAAAAUAAUGCAGAUAUAAUCAGCAAAGCACCUGCAAACUGAAAUGAGGUGCUUGGAGAGCAAUCAACCACUGGUUGCUAGGAAACCUCAAGUGAUUUGCUCCUUGUCAUAUUUCUGAGGGCUGUAUCCAGUGAAUGAAUUGUAUCUACAAACAAUAACAACCAAUUCUAGUCCUAUGAAGGAUAAUUGGGGGUGAAGGCAUGGUGUGUGAAACCCAUCCCUCUCUAAAUAGAUAGUCACCAGCACAAUAUGCUAUUCCACUUAUCUAGACAUUCCAUAGCUCAGUUGUGCAGAUGACAGUGGCUCUUUUGCUGAGAUGAUUUCAGAUUAAUGACAGGGUAGAAUGGCGAAAAUAUGCCGGCAUGGCACGCCAACAUGUACAGAUGGUUGCCUUCAGUCCAUUUGCCAAGUCACCAGAGCUCUACAGAACAUUUGAUUGGUUAGGUUUGUGAAUCUCACGGAAAUAUAGUUGGGAUAAAACAUCCCAAUAUUUGUGUCUACUUCUGGUUUUGAGUGACAUCUGGUUUGGAUGUUUUCAAGUGGUUGUUUUAUGUAGAGCUCCAUGGUAUUCCGUUGUUUUUUGUUGUUCUUCUCCUGAUUUUCUUUAUUGUAUCUUUCCUUUAGCACUCCACCUCUUUCCCAAAAGAUAUCUGUCUCUGUGAGAAGUUUGUUAAAAUCCUGAUUGUUUUUUUUUUUCUUGUCCAGGUUGAUUGGCCCCAUACUUUUAAAACUAAAUAUGUGCCAUAUAAAACGCAUAGGCCUCUGGCUAUUGUUUUAUGAGGCAGGCUACACUGUUCCAUUUUAAACUCUACAAGCCCCGGCUUCUCCUGACUAACUUUCCACCCUCGCUGUCCAGCACCUUCACCACCGCAUAAGCAUUUCACAUUGUUCCAAUGGUCUUAUUUAUGAAUGCCCAUGCUGGCAACAGAAACCCUCUUUGUAUGGCCCUCAAGUGUGAAGUUAGUGGUGAAAUUGAGAUUAUUUCUGCAGCACCUCUUAAAUGGAAGAUUAGGAGGUGCUGAGUGUGAGGCAAGGUACUUUGAAUGAUUCUGUCUGUGCAGGCCCCGCAAUCUGAGGACAUGUAGCACCGAGAGACAACAUCGAACUACCUUUGCAGGGCCAACUAAAACGAUCACGGCUGUGCAUGAGAAACAGGACUUGAAGUGGUUUCGGAGAAUUUGUAUUUUCUGUGACGAAAGUACUUGAUUGACGGCUAGCUAUUGACAUUUUCAGUGGUAUAUUUUGCAUGAUAUUCUGAAUCGUGUCCCUCUCAGCCGUUCUACUUCAGGGUUUAGAGCUUGUGCUUAAGUGCUGAAGUUUUAAAGGGGCAGCUGCAAACAAUGCAGGUAAUUGUUUUCUGCACACUCCCAAGAUCCAGUGGUAGGUUUCUGUGUUUUCUAUGUUUGCAGAUGAGUUCUGUUAUUUAUUUAUUUAUAAGUUACAGACUUGAGUCCACCUGAACAACUGAUGGCCAUCUACUAUUCUACCGUUGUCCUUUCUUUCCUCCCUUAAGAAAUAGAUUUCAUAUGCUGCUGCCGAACAAUAGAACAAUGCAGUACUUCAGUCAAGUUCAAGGUCUUAUAAAUGAUUUACUGAAUGUAAGCGGUUGGGGCUUGGGUCUGCAUUUUCAGCCCUCUCCGUGUUUCAGGUGGCAGUAUAUCUGCAGCAGAGCCAGAAAAAUGGAACUGAGUACCUCUAUGGGUGCCCAGUUUUUGCGAGUGCUCUGUGAUAUAACUCUGUGCCAGUUGAGUCCUGCGUAUGUCGGGGCCU